AUGUGUGGCUAUCCUUUUAUAGUGGUUUCGGAGGCUAGAAAGCAGGGAGGCAUAAGGCCAGGUGCUGCCAAUCUUAAGAAUAGUGAAGUUCUGGAAAGCCUGGUGAAGAAGCAGGCCGCAGAUGGGAAGCUCUAUGCCGCGAUUUGUGCUUCACUUGCAGGGGCAUUUGGGUCAUGGGGUGUGUUGAAGGGACUGAAAGCAACCUGCUAUCCAUCAUUUAUGGAUCAGUUAGCAUCUAGCGCAACUAUUGUUGAAUCAAGAGUGCAGGUGGAUGGUAAAGCUGUGACUAGUCAUGGACCUGGUACUACCAUGGAGUUUGCUGUUGUGCUGGUUGAACAAUUGUAUGGGAAAGAAAAAGCUGAUGAAGUAUCUGGGCCACUGGUCAUGCAUUCCAACCAUAGGGAUGAAUUUAUCAUAACUGAGCUAAACCCAGUUGAGUGGACUCCCAAUGAUUCCCCAAUGAUUACCCAGAUAAGGAAUUAG